AUGGCCGAAACUGAGGUGGACUUGGACUCUAUCAUAGACCGCCUGCUCGAGGUCCGCGGCAGCAGACCCGGCAAGCAGGUCCAGCUGCUCGAAACCGAGAUCCGCUACCUGUGCACCAAGGCUCGCGAAAUCUUCAUCUCACAGCCCAUCCUGCUCGAGCUCGAGGCACCGAUAAAGAUUUGCGGAGAUAUCCACGGCCAGUACUACGAUCUGCUACGGCUCUUUGAGUAUGGCGGCUUCCCUCCAGAGGCGAACUACCUCUUCCUCGGCGACUACGUCGACCGUGGCAAGCAGUCGCUCGAGACGAUAUGCCUCCUCCUCGCGUACAAGAUCAAGUACCCUGAGAACUUUUUCGUUCUGCGUGGCAACCACGAGUGCGCUUCCAUCAACCGCAUCUACGGAUUCUACGACGAGUGCAAACGGAGAUACAAUAUCAAGCUAUGGAAGACUUUUACCGACUGCUUCAACUGUCUGCCUAUUGCCGCCAUUAUCGACGAGAAGAUCUUCACCAUGCACGGUGGCCUGAGCCCAGAUCUAAACUCAAUGGAGCAGAUUAGGCGUGUCAUGCGACCUACCGAUAUUCCCGAUUGCGGUCUUUUGUGCGAUCUGCUGUGGUCCGACCCAGACAAGGACAUUACAGGAUGGAGUGAGAACGAUCGUGGUGUGAGCUUUACGUUUGGACCCGACGUUGUGUCUCGUUUCCUGCAAAAGCACGACAUGGACCUGAUUUGCCGUGCGCAUCAAGUCGUAGAAGACGGUUAUGAGUUCUUCUCCAAACGCCAGCUCGUGACACUGUUUAGUGCACCCAACUACUGCGGCGAAUUCGAUAAUGCAGGCGCAAUGAUGAGCGUCGACGAGAGUCUGUUGUGCUCGUUCCAGAUUCUCAAGCCUGCAGAGAAGAAACAAAAGUAUGUCCCCAAUCUCGGUAGACCUGCAUCUGGCAGCAAAAAGCGCUAG